ACAGUGCGCGCUGAUCGGCUUACGCGCCCGCCUCCACGCGCCGUCCCCAGCCUGACGCCUCGCGAGCUCAGGUGCGCUGGAAGGAGAGAGCGCAGGAAACCGGCAGUGCUGGGAAAUCCCGCUCCAACGCAGCGCGCGCCACGCAAAGGAACGCACCACCAUGACUGAGUUCUGGAAAGAACAUUCCCAGUAUGCUACAGUAGAGGAGAUGAUGCUGGACUCCAAUGCCCGCGUGUUGACCCAGCAUGAGCUGCCUGAGAUACUGGAGCUGUUGCCCAGCCUAGACGGCAUCGAUAUGCUGGAGCUGGGAGCUGGCAUUGGCCGCUAUACCAGUCAUCUCAUUCGCAAGGCUCGUCAUGUGACAGCUGUGGACUUUAUGGAGAACUUUGUGGAAAAGAACAGAAGAGAAAACAGUCACCUCGGCAACGCAGACUUCAUCCAAGCUGAUGUCACACAGCUAGAGCUGUCUGAAAACAGUUUUGACCUGAUCUUCUCUAACUGGCUGUUGAUGUAUCUGAGUGAACAAGAGCUGCGCACACUGGCAAAGAAGAUGCUGGCCUGGCUCCGCCCAGGCGGAUACCUCUUCUUCAGAGAAUCCUGUUUCCACCAAUCAGGAGACUGUAAGAGAGAUUUUAACCCUACCCAUUACCGCACACCGGCACACUACAACCACCUGAUGACUUCUGUGAUGUGGGAGAAGUCAGAGGAGAGUGGUAAACAGUCCUAUGGGUUUGAUACGGUUCUGUGCAGAACUGUACAGACGUACAUAAAGAUGAAGAAGAAUCAGAACCAGGUGUGUUGGCUGAUGCAGAAGGCCUAUCGGAAUGUAGAUCAUCAACAUCAGGGUGGCUUCAACACCUUCCAGCAGUUCCUUGACAACCAGCAGUAUACACGCAGGGGCAUCCUACGCUAUGAGAAGAUGUUUGGCUCUGGCUACGUCAGUACUGGGGGACCAAGCACCACUAAGGAGUUUGUUGACCUGUUGAAUCUGAGCCCAGGACAGAAAGUCCUUGAUGUAGGCUGUGGAAUAGGGGGAGGAGAUUUCUACAUGGCCAAGAACUUUGGGGUGGAGGUUCUGGGAAUGGACCUAUCAGCAAACAUGGUGGAAAUUGCCAUGGAGAGGGCAGUACAGGAGAAGCUUCCAUCUGUCCAGUUUGAGGUAUCUGAUGCCACUAAGAGAACAUUUCCAGAAGGUACCUUUGAUGUGGUAUAUAGCAGAGAUACCAUUCUACACAUUACUGACAAGCUUGAACUCUUCAGAAAAUUUCAUUCAUGGUUGAAGCCUGGCGGUAAGGUGCUAAUCAGUGAUUACUGCUGUGGAGAGAAGCCUUGGACUCCUGCCUUCCAGGAGUAUGUUAAACAAAGAGGCUACAUCCUCUACACACCACAGAGAUAUGGCAAGUUUUUGGAAGAGGCGGGCUUCAGUAAUGUGAGAGCAGAAGACAGAACUGCCCAGUUUAUUCAGGUGAUAAAGGACGAGCUCAAGAGAGCAGAGGAGAUUCAAGACGAAUUCAUUCAGGAGUUCUCUCAGGAGGACUAUGAUGCUGUUGUUAAUGGGUGGACAGAAAAGCUACAGCGCUGUGAAGCUGGAGAUCAGCGCUGGGGUCUCUUCUAUGCUACCAGUGACUGAAAGAGAGAGAGAGAGAGAGAGAGAGAGAGAGAGAGAGAGAGAGAGAGAGAAAGAGAAAGACAGGGGUGGCAGGUUCUCUAAACUCAGAGAGAAAGAAGACACUGCACAAUCUGUUGAAGUUUUUUUUUCAUGUAAGAAGUUGAAAACAGGUGAUUGCACAUUUUAUUGUAGUAUUCUGUAAACUAAGAGAGGCCAGUAUGAUUUUGUUGUUCUAUUGCA